UUUGACUGUUAAGUAAAGAAGUUUUAUCGCUUUAUUGGCCAGUUUGGUUAUGAGUACCUACGGCGCUCCCGUGGAAGAGUUUGAUGAACAAAUCCAUGAAGGACACAUUAGGGUUAGACGUGCUACUUGCGACCUUUUGAGUUUUGAAAUUAAAGGCAUAAAAAUCAACGAUUCGGCUUGCGCGGCUCAUUGUAUUACUCGUGGAAAAAGAGGGGGCUAUUGUAAUGAUUACAAAGUUUGUGUUUGUCGAAAAUAGAGUAAUUUUAUGUUAGUUUUAUUUCAAAUUACUAUGUUUAAGAAUUUAAAAAAAAAGUAAUAAAAGAAUUCGUCAAAAUUAUUUCAUAUAUUUACUUGAUAUUGAGACGGAAUAUUAUCCAAUAGUACGAAACAUUCAAUAACAGAUAAUUCGGUUUCUCUUAUUGUUUUACAGGGCACAGCCAUGUCCUAUCGUGUAAGUAUUCUGGCAAUGUCCAGAGUCAAUACAAGCUCAUAGUAUGAGUUAUUACAAUGACAAAUCACAUUAUUACCAGUGGGAUCUAUGUUUGACAGUUGUGUUAUCGUUACCCGUACUAUUGGAUUAUAUUAUGUUCAGUUCAAUUUGGUAGUCAGUUAUUGUUUCCUUAAAUCAUUACACAGAAAUUUGUUUUUAAAUUAAUAAUAACACUAAGAAGCUCUGCUACUCGAAGCCACGUCUCGCGUCGCAAGUAUAAUUUAAUAAUAUACGAUUUAUCUAAACU